UGUCAUUGAGCCGGUUUUGUCUGGAAGGGAUACAGCUCUUGUCAAAACAUUUUCGUAGCAGUUUCAGGAGAACUUACGCAGCAGGUUAGGAUAAUUAGGUUAAGGUUACGAAAAUGUUUAGGGUUAGCUAAAAUGCAACAAAGAAACAAAAAAGAUAUUAUUUUUGACGUCCAUUUGACAAAAGCAAUAUCCCUUCUAGACAUUACCCAUUGAGCCUGCGGAUGUUGAAGGAGGAGUCGAUUCAGUUCUCGUUUAUUUUCCCACACCGCUUUCGAGCACUUGACGCUUCUCUGCUACUCUUCUCAAGUUACAAUCCCAACACGAUUCCACAGCUCAAUGCAACUUCUGUUCUUAACGCGGAAUCAACCAACCCUCCACCAGCUUGUUAUUAAGACAAUUCGCUAGUUAAUGUUUUUUCUCAAACCCUUCUGAGUAGGCUACUUUUCGACAGGUGUUUUGGGCAGAGUGCCCGGAAGAAAAAUGUCCAAUGGGAAAGAUGCACCUGCGGCAGCGAAUGUGUGUGCGUGCAGCUCCUCACAGAUGACCCUGCAGGUGUGCCUUGAGGAGUGUAUGGAGGCCCUGGACCUCUUCCUCAACAACCACUUCAGUGAGAGCCUGGACAAACUGCGGCCACGGGCGAAGGAGAGCAUGUACCAUGCUCUGAUCUACGCUACUGUGCUGGAGAUGCAGGCUAUGAUGACCUUCCAGCAGGAUGACAUCGUCAACGCAGGCAACACCAUGAAGAGUGCCCAGGAGGUCUGCCAGAGGUUUCGACGAAAGUCCCCUAGUAAUAUCAGUAAAUCACCUGGAGAGCAUCUAACUGAAGAGCAGCUCCAAGCUCUCCAUGCUGAUGCGUGUUAUGCUGAAUGCUUGCUCCAAAGGGCUGCUCUCACCUUCCUACAGGAUGAGAACAUGGUGAGUUUUAUCAAAGGAGGAAUCAAAGUACGCAACAGUUACCUGAUUUACAAGGAGCUGCACACCUUCAUACAGUCAAACAGCUCUCUCCAAGGACCCAACCACAUUCAUUUAGAGGGAGGGGUGUCUUUUGGGAUCGGAGCAUUCAACUUGACUCUUUCCAUGUUUCCACCUCGGUUACUCAAAGUUUUAGAGUUUGCUGGCUUCUCUGGAGACAAGGAGUAUGGUCUGUCCCAGCUGAAUGAUGGUGCCACUACAAACAACCUGCGGUCCAUGCUGUGUGCCCUGCUGUUGCUCUGUUACUACACCUUCCUCACCUUCAUACUCGGGACCGGUGAGGGGGACGUGGCUGAUGCUGAGGAGCUGCUGAAGCCUUUCCGGCUCCGCUACCCACAGGGGGCCAUAUUUCUCUUCUUUGCAGGCAGGGCUGAGGCAAUCAAGGGGAACAUUGAUGAGGCGGUGGUGCUGUUUGAGGAUGGCUGCAAAGCUCAGCAGCAGUGGAAGCAGUUCCACCACAUGUGCUACUGGGAGCUGAUGUGGUGCUUCACCUACAAGUGCGUGUGGAGGAUGGCCUACUUCUACGCUGACCUACUGAGCAAUGAGAGUCGCUGGUCCAAGGCCAUGUAUGUGUACAUGAAGGCUGCUUACCUGAGCAUGCUUGCUCCGGGGGAGGCUAGGCCUUUUGGGGAAGAUGAGGUGGACCUCUUCAGACAGGUGUCCACCUUCAAGCAAAAGAUAGCAGGGAAGUCUCCACCCACAGAGAAGUUUGCCAUUCGCAAGGCUAGACGUUACAAAGCUAGCUGCCCAGUGAGGCUCCCAGUACCUGUGCUGGAGAUGAUGUACAUGUGGAACGGCUUUUCCAUGAUCAGCAAGCGGCCGGAGCUGACCGAGGGCAUGCUGCAGACACUGGUGGAGGCAGAGCGCAUCCUACUGGAAUCUCCCGCGAAUGAGUAUUCAAUGGAUGACCGCUGUGUGAUCCACCUACUGAAGGGGCUGUGUCUGAAGAACCAGGGACACAUUCGGGCUGCAGAGGAAUGCUUCAACAAGGUGUACAACAGUGAGAAGAAGAUCAAGUUUGACCAUUACCUGGUGCCCAACGCUCUGCUGGAGCUCAGUGUGGUCUACAUAGACACGGGCCGCAAGGAGGAGGCCAUCAAACUACUGGUGAAAGCCAAAACUAACUACAAGGAGUACUCCAUGGAGUCACGCACCCAGUUCAGGAUCCAUGCUGCUCUCUCCAAACUCAAGGCUGACACUAGUGACCAAGAUGAAAUCACACCACUGUAGUAUAACCGGUGUCAUUGUGCUGAGCAAUCACUGGACUUGCUUCCCCUGCCAUGUGUAGAUGCUCCAGGAAGACUUGCUCUCUUUUUCAUCCUCAGCCACUUUGAUCACUGCCUCCAAAUGUUACUUGCUUUGUGGUGAAAGUCUCCGUCCUUCAUGGAUGGUGGUCUCUCCCUGAUUAAAACACUUGAGUUUUGAAUGGGAGUUGGUAGAAGUUGCCUCUACCUGCUGGUUCUAGAUCAGAGGCAUUUUAUCCACCUACUGGGUGAUUAACACCCGUGGUUAGGUUCAGAUUCUAUCUUCAGUGUUUGAAUGUGUGGUACUUACAUCACUGUACUGGUUACCCAUAACAGUAUUUGGGAGGCAGUUGCGCAAAACAAUUUGAAUACAGUAUAUCUACUUUUUUGGGUGAAAACAUGUUGAAAUGAACUUCACAAUGGAAGUAAUGUUUGGAUAUGUGAGGUAUAGUUUUGCUUUUAACUUCUCCAAAAGUGAUCGAGUAUUACUGUAAGCAGUUUGACAAAAGCAUCCCUUUGGUGAUAACUGAAUAAGACAGACAUACGACUACAUAACGUAUGACAUUGCUUUGAUCCCAGAGUUAUUUUAACAAAUGUAUUAACAUUUUAUGUAGAAGGACCUUUAAUCAAUAGGUCAUGCUACAUUUGUUUUAUGUAGUUGUCCCUGCUGCAAUGUACAGAGGAAAGUAGUCAGUUAAACUUUUCAACCUCUGAUAGUGUAAACAUUAUUUUAAGUAAUGAAUGUCAAUCAAGACCUUGUGCAAAGAAAGGUGUGGUUAAACAAUUUGAAAAACAUGAUUAAAUAUGUCCAUUUGCUAGAAUC